AUCACGCUAGCAUCAAAAUGGCUCCUUACGAAGCCUUGUAUGGUCAAAAGUGUAGAAGCCCACUAUGCUGGGGAGAUAUGGUUGAUGCAGUGGUGUUAGGACCCCAAUACCUGCAAGAAACAGUUGAAAAGGUCAAACUGAUCCAAGCAAGAAUGAAGGCUGCUCAAGACCGUCAAAAGUCGUAUGCAGACUUAGGGCGAAAACCAUCAGAAUUCCAAGUGGGUGAAAAAGUGCUUUUAAGAGUAUCGCCUACAAGAGGAGUCAUGCGGUUUGGGAAAAAGGGUAAGCUAAGUCCAAGAUUUAUUGGACCAUAUGAGAUAUUGGAUAAAGUUGGACAAGUGGCUUACCGGUUAGCCAUGCCUAUGGAGUUGGACAAGGUACAUGAUGUCUUCCACAUCUCUCAGUUAAAGAAAUAUGUUCACGAUGCCUCACACGUGAUAAGGCCAGAGGUGGUGGAGAUGGACGAAACUCUCUCGUAUGAGGAGACUCCAGUAAAGAUAUUGGAUUUCAAAACCCGUGACACCCGAAGGAAAUCCAUAAAGCUUGUAAAAGUGCUAUGGUCCAACCACUCAGUUGAGGAAGCUACGUGGGAAGUAGAAGAUGAUAUGAGGAGUCGUUAUCCGACUUUAUUUGGAUCAGGAGUAGUAGAGCAAGUGUGAAGCUAGCUUGGAAAAAAAAGGGAUCCUAGAAACAUCUCCAAGUAAGUGGAUUUGUACCUCAUGCUUGCCCUUAAUUUUAUGUUUUCGUUGAAAAACUAAAACAUAUGUAUUUGUGGAAUGGAUUUGAUGUGCACCCUAUUUGUAAAAAAAAAUUUAGUUAUGAGUAGUAUGAUCCUAUUCAUGAAAUU